AUGCGGUUGGACCUCUCGUCUAACAGUUUUGGUGGCCAAAUCCCAUGGUCGUUCUUUUUAAACCUUGAGAGCCUCGUUGAGUUGAAUCUUAGUGGCAACAAUUAUGUCGGUCAAUUUCCAGAAGUUGAUAGCAACCCGACAUCAAACUCUUCUUUAUAUGAUUUUUCAAAACAACUGGUGGGUCAUAUUCCUCGACACUUAACCAAGCUCAUUUUAUAUGAGAACCAACUCAACGGAACAAUACCAUCUUGGUUAGGUAGUUUGCCAUCAUUGAAGGGCUUAGGCCUCGGAGAUAACCAACUCAGCGGUAAUAUCAUUGAGUUCCAAUCUCGUUCUUUGUCAUGGCUUUUUUUAAGGAAUAACAAGCUGGAUGGCCUGAUUCCAGGAUCAAUCUAUGAACUUGAGAAUCUUCAGUACCUUGGUCUAUCAUCCAAUAACUUGAGUGGCACUGUGGAGUUUGAAAAGUUUUCCAAACUCCAAAAUCUCAGGCGGCUUAAUCUUUCCUUUAAUCAUCUAUCCUUGAGCUUCAACCAUUUGAGAAACAACACCUGGCCUCAACUUCAGUUACUAGAUUUGUCAUCUUGUAACAUAAGUGAGUUCCCAUACUUUCUAAGGGCCGCACCAAAUUUGCACACGUUAUCCCUUUCCCACAACCGAAUCCAAGCCAACAUUCCCAAAUGGUUGUUGGAUUUGGGGAAAGAUUCAUUGAGUUAUUUGGAUCUUUCUCACAACUCUUUGACUGGCACUGUAGGACCGCUUUGGUGGAAAAAUCUUUACUAUCUUGACCUUCGCAACAAUUCUCUCCAAGGAGAGCUUCCAAUUCCAUCACCUUCCGCAUCUUACUUUUUCAUAUCAAAUAAUCAAUUCACUGGAGAGAUACCUCUAAGGAUCUGCAACCUGAGUAGCCUUCAAAUCCUUGAUUUGUCUAGUAAUAAAUUGAGUGGCAAAAUUCAUCAAUGCAUAGGGAAUUUCAGUCAAAGCCUCUCUGUUUUGAAUCUACGGAAUAAUAAAUUUCAUGGUGUGAUUCCUGACACAUUUUCAGAGGGAAACGUUUUGAGAAAUCUUGAUCUUAAUGAAAAUCAGUUGGAAGGGUCGUUGCCUAAAUCUUUGCUCACAUGUAGAGAGUUGGAAGUUCUAGACCUUGGAAACAACAAAAUUCAAGACACAUUCCCAAAUUGGCUGGAAUCUCUUCCGAAGUUGCAGGUUCUUAUCUUGAGGUCUAACAAAUUCUCUGGUGAAAUAUGCUUUCCAAAAACUAAGUUUCCAUUCCAAAAAAUGCAUAUCAUAGACCUCUCCAACAAUCGGUUUAGCGGUCUCUUGCCAACAAAAUAUUUUGAAAAUUUGACGGCCAUGAUAAACUCGCAAGAACAUGGACUGAAAUAUAUGGGAGGGCUCUACUAUCAGGAUACUGUGGUAUUGACAAUUAAAGGCUUCGAAAUUGAAAUGAAGAAGAUCCUGACAUACUUCACAAUUAUUGAUUUCUCAAACAACACUUUUAGAGGAGAGAUUUCAAGUGUAAUUAGUAAGCUUAAAUCAUUGAAGGGGCUUAACUUUUCUCAUAAUGAGCUUACAGGAUUGUGUGGAUUUCCACUUUCUAAAACAUGCAGUGCACCACAUCAAUCACCGCCAUCGUCAUUCCAACAAGAGGAUGAUUUGGAGCAUGGGAAUGGUUUUGAUUGGAAGCUAGUGUUGAUGGGGUAUGCAUCUGGGGUGGUAAUUGGAAUAUCUGUGGGAUAUCUUGUACUCUCUAAUGGAACACCAGAUUGGCUUGUUAAAGUGGUAGGAAAAAAGCAAUAUCGUAGAACUGUGAAAAUGACACAACAACGUGCUUGA